GAGUAUAUAAAGCGCAGAUAUUCAGCCAAAAGUUAUCAAUCGAUUCUGUUGUCCAGUCGAUCUGAAACAAAAAAAACGCGAAACGAUGAAAAUUACAUUAGUUUGUUUGAUUUUGUGUUCCAUUGCCUUUACGGUAUAUGCAGAAGCUGAACCAGAGCCAGAGCCCGAGCCAGAGCCAGAAGCAUUAGCUGAUCCGUCGGCUCAACUUUCAAGCGGUUUAGCAGGUAUGUUUGGAAGACGCUCAAUGGGUUCAAGUGGUUCAAGUGGUUCAAGUGGUUCAAGUGGUUCAAGUGGUUCAAGUCGUUCAAGUGGUUCAAGUAACAGAAUGUUUCAAAGAAGAGGUUCUUCAAACCCACAAGGUCAACGUAUGAUCUUGAGAAUUCGUGAUAAGUCAUCAAAAUCAAAGAGAAAGCGUUGUGGUUGCUGCAAAACCACAGGGAAUAUGGAGAAUAUGGAGAAUAAGGAGAAUAAGGAGAAUACGAAGAAGAAGGGGAAUAGGAAGAAUAAGAGGAAAACAUGCCCGAAAACAAAAGUAUGCAAGGAAACAAAGAUCGUCUAUGUUCCUUACUGUCCAAGUGCAGGAGCAAUCACACAAAGCCCAGGAGAGACUCCAACAAAUGGCGUUUCUCAACCGGCCACAAGUCCAAGCGGUGGCUCGACUAGUCCAACUUCUGCGUCCGCUGCAACUUCUGCGUCCGCUGCAACUUCUGCGUCCGCUGCAACUUCUGCGUCCGCUGCAACUUCUGCUUCCGCCGCAACUUCUGUUUCCGUCGCAACUUCUGCUUCCAUCGCAACUUCUGCUUCCGUCGCAACUUCUGCUUCCAUCGCAACUUCUGUUUCCGUCGCAACUUCUGCUUCCGUCGCAACUUCUGCCUCCGUCGCAACUUCUGCCUCCGUCGCAACUUCUGCUUCCAUCGCAACUUCUGCUUCCGUCGCAACUUCUGCUUCCGUCGCAACCGUUGUGUCAAUAUCAAGUUAAUCGGCCGAAGAAAGAGUCCUUCUUUGUUUUGUCAUCCAGCUUUUCCAGGUGUUCCAGAAUAUUUCAUGGAUAAUUCAAUAGUCGAAAGACAAUUCAAUAUUUAUACAUUUUUUACAAUUGUAUUUAUAGAUUAAAAAUAAAGUUAAAUUCGCAUCAAACAGGCAAGCUAUAAAAAA